GCUUAUUCACGGCGGCGCAAUGGGUGGAGCUGCAAAGGCAGUCGCUCAUCUACAACCACAUGGCCGCCUCGUCGCCUAUCCCCUCAUACCUCCUCUUCUCCGAUAUCAACCCGGAUGCCGCCGCCGCCGCCGCGGCGCCUACCCAGCAAGCUUCAUCGUUGUACUACUGCUGCUACUACACCCCCCUCCUUGUCCACCAUUACCAGGCUCAGCAGGCAGCGAGUAUGUCAAUGCUGCUGCAGUGCAUGCAGCAGGCAGUGGCGCGGAGGAGGUGCGGCCGUACAGACGGCAAGAAAUGGCGCUGCGCCAGGGACGCCGAGCCCGACCAGAAGUACUGCCAGCGCCACCUGAACCGCGUCGGCCGGGCACGGCCCCCUGCCCCUGCAAGAAAGCAACAGCACCAGCAUGCUGCUGCUGCGGUGGAUGCUCAUCAUCGUGACCGGGACAAGUCCGCCAUGACCGCCCCUGCGGCCACUUGUACCAGUCAUGGUAACAAGUCUUCCGGGAAUACGAUGCGGGAGGACGACGACGACUACACGCGAGGUUUCUUGGACUUCACCGGUGGAGUUUGCCUUCCGGAGCAGCGAGAGAACCGGCUCAGCCUCAACUACGACAACAUUGUCGAGCUCUACUGCAAUAGGCAGGUGGUCGCCACGCCCACGGUCACAGCAUCGGCGGCGUCGACAACAACGGCCAAGGAUGACGACGCCAUCGAUCAUCGGGCGGGAGCAACCUGGGUGGGCAUCGGGGGACCCCUCGGCGAGGCGCUCGGUCUCGCCGUAGAGAUUCAAUGGCCUGCUGGCUCCACCUAGCUCCAUACAUGAUGUUCUAGUGCAAUUCGAAGUGUAUCCGUACGCGUGUGUCUCCUACUACCGGGUUCGAAAUGGCAAGUUCGUUUUAACGUGCUAGAUAAAUAUCAUCAACCUGUGAUUCGACUGUGAAAUCUAGCGAUAGGUUAAGCGUGUGCGCUCUCAGAGGGACGCGUUCCGUACGUGUUAAUAUAGCCAG